AUGGGGCUCCUGGACUCGGAGCCUGGCAGUGUCCUGAACGUGAUGUCCACGGCGCUCAACGACACCGUGGAGUUCUACCGCUGGACCUGGACCAUCGCAGAUAAACGUGUGGAAAAUUGGCCUCUGAUGCAGUCUCCAUUGCCUACACUGAGUAUAAGUACUCUCUAUCUCCUGUUUGUGUGGCUGGGUCCAAAAUGGAUGAAGGACCGAGAACCUUUCCAGCUGCGCUUAGUGCUUAUUCUCUAUAAUUUUGGGAUGGUUUUGCUUAACCUUUUUAUCUUCAGAGAGUUAUUCAUGGGAUCAUAUAAUGCAGGAUAUAGCUAUAUUUGCCAGAGUGUGGAUUAUUCAAAUAAUGUUCAUGAAGUCAGAAUAGCUGCUGCUCUGUGGUGGUACUUUGUAUCUAAAGGAGUGGAAUAUUUGGACACAGUAUUUUUUAUCCUAAGGAAGAAAAACAACCAAGUCUCUUUCCUUCAUGUAUAUCAUCAUUGUACAAUGUUUACAUUGUGGUGGAUUGGAAUUAAAUGGGUGGCAGGGGGACAAGCAUUUUUUGGAGCCCAGCUGAAUUCCUUUAUCCAUGUGAUCAUGUACUCAUACUAUGGGUUAACUGCAUUUGGUCCAUGGAUUCAGAAGUAUCUCUGGUGGAAGCGAUACCUGACCAUGUUACAGCUGGUUCAGUUCCAUGUGACCAUUGGACACACAGCAUUGUCUCUUUGGACUGAUUGCCCCUUCCCAAAAUGGAUGCACUGGGCUCUAAUUGUCUACGCCAUCAGCUUCAUAUUUCUCUUUCUUAACUUCUAUGUUCGGACAUAUAACGUGCCUAAAAAAUCGAAAACUGGAAAAACAGCUGUGAAUGGUAUUUCAGCAAAUGGUGUGAGCAAAUCAGAGAAACAGCUAGUGAUAGAAAAUGGAGGAAAGCAGAAAAAUGGAAAAGCAAAAGGAGAGUAAAUUAAACUGGGCCUUAAGUGUUGUUGACAGUGAGGAAACUCCCAUUUCAAACAAAAUUUCAGGGAAAAGACAAAUAAAUGAGGAUUUGGGGGUGGGGAAAAAAGGCAAAUGUACUCUAUGUACUAGUACCUUUAGAUGAGUAAAGUAUUAAAUACAGUACCCAGAUAUUUUAUUUAUGAAAUUUUUAUUUUAAACGUUUUUUAAAAAUUAUCCUUAAUUUAAGUUGUCCAGACCAAAGCAAUCAUCACGUGACUUUGGACACUCCCUCUGCUCAUAUCCAUUUGUCUAAUGGAUGAGAUUUUCCAUGUAUCGUACAUACAUCCAUUCUGCAUUCUGAAUUUUAGAGGAUCAAAGGAACAUAAUCUUUAAGAAUUUUUUUGGAUUAAAUUACUACCUACCUAUUGAUUAAAAUCAGUCACAUUACAUUUUCUGGUCCAAAGCUGGAAACGCAGAUCACUUUUAAAUUUGCACAUUUGAAUUCAUUUGCUUACCAGAAUGGUUGACUCUGUCCACCUCUUGUCUGAAUAUACCCUACUGAUAUGUAAGUAAAUUUUAAAAAUCUCCUGAUCUCUCUAGACUCUUAGAGGUUUGAUGAUGAUGGUGUUGGUAAAAAUGAGAAAGAAUUAGAGGAAAAUCCUGUCUGGUAACCCAGAGGUCAUCAUGACUUGCGGCACAAAUCACUGUGGGAAACCAUUUUUAUGAUGAAAAGGUAGCCUUUGAAUAUUCCUUUUACUCUGAGAAAUAUAUUAUGAAAAGUAAGAUUAUUAUCUGAUGGGAACAUGAAACAACUCAAGUCUUCAUUAGUAACAUCAUAAGAUAGUUGUAUUUAUGUGCUGUAAGAAGAGAGUAUGUUGAUUUUUAUCAGUCUUUCCUUGUUUUGAUUUGUGUCUGUUACUAAUUUUUCAUAUGUGGAAAUAUACCUACCUCUUCUGUUGGAAAAAACAUUUAAAAUUAAAUAAAUUUUAAUUUAAAAAAUCAAGGAGUCCUAUAAUGUAAAUUUUAAUCAUUUUAACUUGAACCUACUGCUUUGUUUUUUUGGUUUGCUUUUUUAAAAUAGCAUACACCCAACUUUUCUGUGAAACUCUCCUUCCCUUUCAAUGUGUUUCAUUUUGGAGUAAUAUUUUCCUUGUGACUAAGUUGCAAGAUCUUAUUUAUUAACUAGAUAAGAAAUGUAAACCCAUUUUGGUGCAAUAUUCUGACUCCUUGGUGCUAAAGAUUAUUAACUUCAGUGCUUGAUGUUACAAGGUGUUGUUAAACUAAUGAAUAAAAGUGAGAGUAGUCAGAACUAUAAAAUUAAAUUUACUAUUUACAAAUGAAGUAUUUCACAUAAUAUAAGGGAAUAACUAGAAGUUCACUAGGAAAGAGCAUUUGUACUGUGCUUUAUUAGAUAGGUUAAUUUGUUAUGGGUUGUUACCCAGGGAUCAUUAUAGAAAGGACAUGUGAAAAAAAAGCAUGAAUAUUUCUAAGUUUCUCUUUACAACUUUUCAGAACUGCAUGUGCAGGAUGUAUGCUAUUUGUGCAGACAAACUAUUUCAGAAUAUUUUGUAAGCUAUGAAAUAUUUAUUGUGCAUUAAAAUAAUACAACUUUUUUCCCAAAGGCAUGCAGCCAUGAGAAUUAUAGAAAAUUUACAACACAUAUAGUAGGUUGGUCUAAGAGGAUUAAACCUUUGUUUUUGCUGCUCAGUGUAUAAUAGCUAGAAAUUUGUAAAAUCUUUGUGAACAUUCUGUACUGGUUCCCCAGAGCUAUUCAUUCCCUGCUACCUGAUUCAGCACAAUAAAUAUACUACUGUUGUGGGAAAAAA